UCACAAAAACAUAGAAUUGAGGUAGAUCCGAAAGAUGAAGAAGUUCCUGUUGUAAUGUAUGAAAUUGUUACAAAUAUAUUACAAUGGUAUUCUUUUCAUUGGGCAGGUUCAUUAGAUGAUCCAACAGUUGAAUUAUCUGGUCUGUAUAUUUGUGAAUUCGAUAGUAACACUAUAGAACAUAUAAAGAUAAUUAUCAGUUGUAUUGCUUCUAUCUUCCAAUAUCAAGUCUAA